AACAGCUGUUCUUAUUUUUGUUGUUAAUUAGCUUCGCGCACCGGUGGCAAUGACAAUAUUUGCUUACCUGGGGAUUUUGGCGGUCUUGGCAGGCUCUUUGGAUGCCACGUCCUCCCCCACGACUGGCCAGGCGACCAUCAGAGAGUGCCCCGGCCGGGGUGUGCCCCAGAUACGAGCAGAGGCGGCGGAAUACGAGAUCUCGCUGCUUUUCUACUACGUGUCCUGGGGAAGUGAGGCACGACAGGCGCGCCUGGUUUUCAAUGGCCUGGCCCACUAUUAUCAGGAGUACGCCUUCUUCGGGGCGAUCGACUGCUGGCACCUACUCUGCAACUGUAGCCGCACGCUGCAGCCCGCUCCCGGGGUCGUGGGCGCCGGCGGCUAUCCGGACAAGUGGCCCACGAUGGUGGUGCGCUACGGCCAGAAGCAGAUGCUGCAGUACCAGGGCGUGUGGAGUUUCGAGGACCUCGCCAGCUUCAUGAACUACUUGAUCCAACCGAUAGAUCGGGCGCACAACAGCCAGGAAUUGGCGGCCAUCAGGAAGCACUCGGAUGCCGUGGUGCUGGGUCUGCUGGAAUCGCCGGAUCAAAUGGAGUACAAGCGGUACCUGGGCGCAGCCAUUCGCUGGCUGGAGCUGGAUCCGGAGAGAAAUAUCCGCUUCACCGUGAAUUUUGGGAGCAGUGCCAAGAAGAUGCUGAAGGCUCCGGACACUGCACUGCCCCAGUUGGUGGUAAUCGACAGCCGGAAUGGGGUGCACACGUUUAACAGCUCGUUGACCGGCGAAUGGAAGACACUGGACAUCCUGCGCUGGGUGCGCCACACUCUCAAGAACAUGUCGCUCUUCUCCAACGGCUACGGCACCCCCAUGACCAUUGCGAUGAAGGCACGUCACGUUCCCGUGCUGGCGAUGGGCGUACGGAUGAGUCAGAUGCCGCUGGUCAUGGGCGAUGAGAUGGCAGCGGCACAAAGGAAGCAGGCGGAGGGCUGUGAGAGUUACUGGAACAAGAUGGAGCAGCAAGCAGAGGAAUCCUACUCGCUGCUCCAAGUCCCAAACGAAAUGUAUUGGGAAACAGAGCAGGGAGACCGCUGCUAUCCCGCUUGGCGUCAAACCAGAGCCACGCUGGUCAACUAUUAUAAGAUCAACAGGUACCUGAAGCACCUGUGGACGCAGUACAGCCACCAGAGCCAUAUGAACAAGCCGAGUGUGCCCCACCUGAUGAACCUGCACUCCAGAAACCUCUGCUUGGCCCACGCACACCAUGGAACGCCGGCCAUGAAGAUUGGGAUUGCCAAAAUGGUCACUAAGUACGGCCACCUGAUUUGGCAACAUUCAGCGGAACAGGCUUCCCACAAUCGCUCGCUGGGCGUGGUUAUCUUUGACUCGGUGAGGUACCGGGACUACCUGCAGCAACUGGGUAUCCAGCAGCAGCAUCAGCACAUACAGGUCUUCAUUGUGGACGCGGCGGAGGAGUCGCUGUACGUGAUGCCGCAGCAGCAACAGCAUCCCUCCUUCUCGUAUGUGGCUCUCAAGGACUUUAUCCGACAGUUCUAUGCCCGAACUUUGCCAAGGAUUCACAAGAACGCCAUGCCAUCCAUGGAUUCCGAAUUCAGCCGCAGCUACAACAGGCAAAUGCUGUUGCAGGCGCUGCAGCUACCGAAUGCUACCAAUGUGGUCUUUAUGUAUCGUCCGGAUUGCGCGUUAUCCGCCGUAUUAUCGCAGGCCUUCCUGCAGGUUUCGGCUCUUCUCAGCAGCCCCGAGGUGCACUUUGUCCGCUUUGACAGCCAAAAUAACGAUCUACCCUGGGAACUGGCCAUGCCGAUCUCCCCCUCGCUGAUUGUGUUCCCGCAAACAAAACCCACCGAAUCUGUGGUGUUUCCCUCCGACGUGCGAAUCGACGUGCAAAGCGUUUUUGCUUUCGUUAUUGCCCAACUCGAGCCCGAGCAGCAGCUGCGCUCAGUCCUGACCAGCUGUCGGCGGCGGACACGAAACGUGCGGAGCUGCCUUGACUUUGCCCGCAACCUGGUGCUACAGCACGUGAGUCAGUACCUCAAGUACUGGGAGAUCUAUGAGCGGGAGCGGAGCGACAUUCUCUCCCACCUGAAGGAGUUUAACCAGCUGCACAUGGCCAUCGAGAGCAGCAUACGGUUAUAGCGAUAUCCCAACGACUUGGCCCCCUCCUAGCUAGUACUUAGUGCUGAUAAUUAUUCCAGGGUGAGCAGAGCAGCCUGUCCGCCCGCUCCUCAAAUGUAGCCAGUAAGCCCAAAGUUGUCUCUUGUUAAGUUAUUUAACACCCAUAGCUGUAGCUAUAAAUAAAUAAUAAAA